ACAAGCCGGUACGGUUGGCAUUCCUGGCUAUGGUGGCACUUGUGGUGGUGGCAGCCCUGACUACGAUGGCGAUGGUGGUUGAGAGUGCCUCGGUGCGAGAACGUAAACCCACAAACCACUCCAAUAACACUUCAGUCAUUGCAGUGCCUUCAGAUCUACUGGUGCGCCUAGUGGAGGUGACACAAUCCCUUCAUAACUUGCUGCCGCGCCGGAGUGUAAGCGACGGAAACAUUGAGGCGACCCAAGAGGCCGCUGGGCUAAAAGGUGCGUCUGGUGAGGAGCGGAUUCUUACACUUGCACUGACACAACACGCGCUGCUACAACACAGAAUGGAGGAACUUCUGACGCAAACAGGAAGGUGUCAAGCCCAGGUGGAGGCGCUGCGGGAGGACAAGGAGGAGCUGAAGAGGGAAAUUCAAGCCACGAAGGAGCGAAUGACGACAAAAAACAAAGAUUUAGGCUCGUCGACACAUGAAUUUCCCGCCAAAAGUGACCAUGGUUGCAAAUGUAAACAAACUGACUCUGACGCACCCAAAAGGACUGCAAUGCUCUCUACCACUGCUACUAUCGAUACUACUACUGCAAUAACUGUCCUCACUGCUCCGCCUGGUUCUCCUGAGUCUACUACUAUCACUAAUGGCAGGAAUAGUAGCACUGGGCGGAUAGUAGACCGUGUUUCUGGUGGAGCGGUGACUGAGACUACUUCUAUUACAAUUAUUCCGACUACUACUGCUGCUACUACUAUUGCUACUACUACUACUGAGAGUGUGGUCGUGCUUGGAUCUGGUGUAAGGUGAUCUUGGAACCUCAGGGAAAACAACAUGCAGCAAAUGAGUUGGAAUGGCUAGAACCAGAGGAUGGGGGUGUGCGUCCAGGGAGUUGAGGAGUGCCACUGCUUCAACUGAUGUGUGGGACCUUGAGGCAGAGGGUCCACCAGGUGUGUGUGUGUGUGUGUGUGUGUGUGUGUGUGUGUGUGUGUGUGUGUGUGUGUGUGUGUGAGAAUGUUUUCCUACUUGUGGUGAAUGGUAAGGAAAAAGAGUGUGUGGUGGUGUGUGGUGUGGCCUUGUUUGUGGCAGAUGCAUUGGGGAGUGUGUGGUGGUGUGUGGUGUGACCUUGCUUGUGGCAGAUGCAUUGGGGAGUGUGUGGUGGUGUGUGGUGUGACCUUGCUUGUGGCAGAUGCACUGGGGAGUGUGUGGUGGUGUGUGGUGUGACCUUAGUAACUUAACUUCUUAGUAACUUGUUUGAUAAUGGACUCCCUUGAAAACUGAUGACAAAAAUAGAAUGCUAGGUAUAGAAAAUGCGCCCAGAUUAUUAGUAUGAAAUAUCUGGGGAUUAAUUCGCUAGCAAACUAACACUAGACAAGAAACGUGACACGGAAAAAGAGAAGUUUGAAAAGUGUGACAGUAUGAGAGCUGCCGAGGUUUAGUAGGUGAGUGGGUGGGCGCGGCCGUGACAGUGCGUGUGUGUGUGCGUGGGCUGAGAGUCCGUGCGUGUGUGUGGGCGUGAGAGUCCGUGCGUGAGCGUGGGCGUGAGAGUGCGCGUGCGUUGGCGUGAGAGUGCAUGUGGAUGUGCGUGGGAGAGUGCGUGGGCGUGGGCGUGAGAGAGCGUGUGCGUGCGUGGGCGUAGGCGUGCGAGUGUGUGUGUGCGUGGGCGUGAGUGCGUGUGCGUGCGUGGGCGUGGGCGUCCGAGACUGUGUGUGCGUGGGCGUGAGUGCGUAUGUGUGUCCAUGGGCGUGAGAGUGCGUGUGCGUGAGAGUGCGUGGGCGUGAGAAUGCGUGUGCGUGAGAGUGCGUGGGCGUGCGGGUGUUUGUGCAUGGGCGUGAGUGCGAGUGCGUGCGUGGGCGUGAGAGUGCGUGUGCGUGCGUGGGCGUGAGUGCAUGUGCGUGAGUACGUGGACGUGCGAGUACGUGUGUGCAUGGGCGUGAGUGCGAGAGCGUGCGUGGGCGUGAGAGUGCGUCUGCGUGGGCGUGAUUGCGUGUGCGUGCGUGGGCAUGAGAGUGUGUGUGCGUGCGUGGGCGUGAGUGGGUGUGCUAGGGCGUGGGCACUAGUGCGUGUGCAUACGUGGGCACGAGAGUGCGUAUGCGUGGGUGUGAGUGCGUGUGCGUGCGUGGGUGUGAGAGUGCGUGUGCGUGAGACGUGAGCGUGCGAGUGUGUGUGUGCGUGGACGUGAAUGCGUGCGUGGGCGUGGGCGUGCGAGUGUGUGCGUGGACGUGAGAGUGCGUGUGCGUGGGCCUGAGUGUGUGUGCGUGUGCGUGAGUGCGUGUGUGUGAGUGAGUGGGCGUGUGCGUAAAUGUGCGUGCGUUUGCAUGAGUGCGUGUGCGUGGGCGUGAGUGCGUGUUCGUAGGAGUGAGAGUGAGUGCGUGGGCGUGAGAGCGCGUGUGCGUGCGUGGGCGCGAGUGCGUGGGCAUCAGAGUGCGUGUGCGUGCGUGGGCGUGAGUGCGUGGGCGUGCGAGUGUGUGUGUGUGCGUGGGCGUGAGUGCGUAUGCGUGCUUGGGUGUGGGCGUGUG